AUGGCGACUCCAGAGAAGAAAGAAGAGCCCCCAAAGGUCACUCCGUUGCUCGAGCUGGCCAAAUGCUCCAAAGCUACUCCUCCACCUAACACCGAUGACUAUGGCCCGAUAGUCACCGUUAAAGUCGGCAAUUGGGACCCGUAUUGCGAAUUUCACGUCUACGAAGGCCUGCUUUCCCACUAUUCCUCCUACUUCAAAGCUGCCAUGAAGGAUUGUUGGGGUGGUUUAAAGACUGUCGAGCUGAAGGACGAUAACCCAGAGGUAUUCAACGCGUUCUUCCGCUGGAUCCACACAGGAAAGCUCUACUUCGCGCUCGACGCUUCAGGGAAAAUUCCUCUAAGCACAGAGCUCAUUUGCGAGAUCUACGUCUUUGGCGACGCCCGAGGGGCUCCUGAGCUCUGCAAUGCCGCGAUCGACCUGCUUAUCCAGCAGAUGCAUCAUGAGUGGUCGUUCCCAAACCACGAUCUCGCCUAUGUCUAUGAAAACACACUUCAAAGAUCAGCUCUGCGCAAGGUUCUCUUGGAUUUUGCUGUCGAUAAUUUUCGUUUCCCAAGUCUGGUUGAUCCGAACGGACGAACACAAGGAUUGGUACCAUAUCCUAAGGAGUUCCUCGGAGAUAUGUUGAUGGCUCUCUUAGCUCUUGGAUCGACUCCCAUUCCGUCAAUUGCAGGGCGGGCAAAUCUGCCUUUCAACAAGGCCAACUGGGCCACAUACAUCAAGCCUUUGAUAUGUCCAAAGUAUCACGAUCACCCAGCACCUCGGGCUUGA